CAUGGCUACGUCCUUACGGUUGUGUGUAUUAAAUUGGAAAAAAAAUAUUUUUAAGAGUCGAUUCUUUAGUAUAAGUAAUUAUGUUAGGAACUUAUCAGCAACAGAAUCCACCUAUGAAGUUACUGUUAAAGAUUCGGACGCUUUACGUGAUGAAAAAUGGAGCGUCAAAGAAGAAAUCGUUAUUCCAAAGCGAAUACCGAGAGGUCCGACAGAUAUAUUGAAAGCGUUAGCAGCUACAGUUGAUAGAGAUUUUACUGCCCCUCAUUAUAAAUACCAUGAUGAUCCUUAUUUCAUUCCAGCUAGUAACGUCACUAAACGAUCGUUUGCUUUAUCAAAAGAAUCCGGAAGAAAAGCUGCGAAAUACUUUCUUGAAAAAUAUCCUGACAGUUUUAAAAAUAAUCCUGCUGAACCAAACAUACAAGACCUUAUGCCAGUUGAAAAAAUAACGGACGAUAGUGAAAUAAGUGAGGAUUUUCUUCUUGAUUGUAUUCACAAAGUUGAAGUUCAGAAUGCAAUUGCAGCCUACAAGAACAUAAAAGAAAAAAAUGUCUCUUUAAGUCAUGAAACAGAACAGUUUUUACUUGAAUUAUUGUGUUUCUUUAAUUGUGAAGAAUCUCCUGGUGACCAAUUUAGUGAAGAACAAUGGUUCAAAAAACUUUCUGUUCGAGAAACACGUAAAACAUGGAAAGAUAAUGGCUUGGCAGAACAAUUGUUUGCUUCAAUGGAAAAGAAGGAUAGUCAAGCUUAUUGUGCACUAUUACAGGGUAGGGCCAAGUAUUUUGAUGUAGAAAGAGCUUAUGAUCUUUAUCAAAAAAUGCAAGAAAAACAAAUACCUGCAAACACAGAAACAUACAACAGUCUUUUAACACUGGUACCAUUUCUGAGAGAAGGAUCAGAUGGUCGGUGGUCAUUGGCAUUGGAAUUUUUGGAGAACAUGAAACGAGAAAGACUCUUCCCAAAUAUUGGCACCUUUAAUGCUUUGCUUGAAAUUCUUAGCAAAUUUGGCUUAUGGCGUAGUGCAAAACCUUUAGCACUGAAAGUAAUGGCUGAAAUGAAGUUGUUGAAUAUUGAACCAAGUCUUGGAAGCUACUAUUAUCUUCUGACAAUAUUUUGUAAAACCAGUGGGCCUACUAGUCCCAUUCUUAUUGACAUCAUGCAGAAUCUAGAAGAUAAAGACCUCAAGAUAAGACAUCCAAAAGACGUGUUUUUUUUUGUUACAGCUAUGGACGUGUGUCAUAAUCAUCUAGUUGAUAAAAAGCUAGCAUAUCGUGUUCAUGCACUUCUACAGAAAGGAAACAACUAUUGUUUGAUUGGAGAUUCAUUCAGAGAAUCUAUCUACUACCAACAUUUUUUCAGAUUAUUGUGUAAGACUGAAAAUAUUGAUGUUUUCCUUGAGUUUUACAAUAAAUAUGUUCCACAUAUUUACACUCCAGAACCAAGUGUUAUGUUAGAUAUAAUUGAGACCAUUGAUCUGCAUGGAGCACUGCAUUACCUCCCCCAGCUGUGGUCAGAUAUCAUUGUGUUUAAUCAUGCAGUACGAGAACAAAUUGUCACAACUGUUCUCUCCAUAAUGGCCCGUGGAACAGAAGAUUUAGAAUUACAGAAACAGUUUGGUGUAAUUGCUUGGGACAUUAAAGAACGUAUUGAUAGCCAAGAGCCCAGGAUGCGAUCUCAGAUUCAGUGGACAGGACAAAUGUUAGGUGAUAUAAUGAUGGUGUGUUUGAAUGCAGGUGAAAUGGAUAAAGCAUGGGAAAUGAUGUUGAAAUUAGAUAAAGAACAAGAUCGUAUUAUUGGUAAUGCUAAAAGUGAAAGCCUAAAACGUUUUUGUUUAGCUUCAUUGGAACAUGGAAAAUAUGACCAAGCAAUAUUUUGUCUGAAGCAUGCAAUGGAAGUUGGCCACACUGACAUUGGUAACUUGAUGAAAGAACAGUUGAAACACCAAAACUUUACAGAAAUGCAAGAAAUGCAGAUUCAAUCUCUGCUUAAUCCGGAAACUGUAGAAAAUGAACAAAUCACAGAGUAACAGUCUUCAAUAUUUAUGAGUAGUCUAUUUAAAAAGUUGAGUAACCACCUUAUCCAUUACAAGGUAUAUUGCUAAAAUGAGAACCUUUCAGAUCAUAAUGUAACAUACAGACAAAAGACCAUAUGGCCCUUCAAGGCUGUCCUUACACACCCAAUCUUGAGAAAAGUAAAAAUACCCUUUAAUUUUUGGUAAAUCAUUGAUUCUCCUUUUAAACUUUAGUAAAGUACUGACCUCCAUUACCAUGGAUGACACCUCAUUCCAUAAGUCAAAUAUAACUGGAGUCUAGUGAAGUUUGCUGGUGACAAUAAACUCUGAUAAUGUUAUGGAAAUAGGUUAAAAACUCAUCUUGAGAAAAGAAGAGUAAGAGAUGAUAUUGAAGUUUACAUUAUUAUUCAGGGUAAAGAUCUAAAAAUGAGAAGAUGUAUUUAAGAUUUGGAAGAGACAGGCUAGGCUCCAGUUAAAACAAUUAUGCUUUUUUAACAUGUUGAUUGGCUAAAGGGAAGAGUGAAAGCCAGCACUUUAGAAGAACUUAUAAAAGAAUUGAUGAUUUCCUGGAAAAUAAAUACUGGCUUUAUUUUUUCUCUGCAGUGGGUUUUCAGGGACAGCCUUGAGGAACCAAACGAUCCCUUGUUGUCCAUAUAUUAUGUUAAUGUGAGUAAAGAAAAAGAAAGCCCGAUCAUGAACCCGUGGGACACUUCUUUGAAUUUAACAGUAAGGGACCAGUUUGACUGGAUCACAUUGAUAUCAAUAUUUUGCCUCUUUUCAUCUAUCCACCUUACAGUCCUAUUAACUGGUCUUUCCCCACACCCCUACCAUUGUGAUUAUAUUAGCUAAUCGUCUAUGUGGCACUUUAUCCAAAGCUUUUUGAACAUUUAAAUUCACCAUUCCUAACCCUUGCUGUCAUCCAGAUAACAAGUAACAUCUUCAAAAAAACAAAAAGUCAAGAUUUUCCACGAGUGAAUCCGUGUUGCCUUUUGUUACGAUAUGAUAUUUCACUAAGUUAUUUUCUAAAGCUUUUAUUAAAUUCUCUAGAAUCUAAGUGGCCUUUAAUUUAUAGGCAACUUUUAUUAUCCCUUUUUUAAAUAUUAAUAACUUCAGCAACUCUUUAGUUUUCAGGAAGAAUGAGGCCCACAAAUCAGGAACCAUGUAAGUGUAGCACAAUCAGUAGAGUCCGAGUAUGUGUUUUGUGGAUGUGUUAGGCUUAGGAUUCUUGUGUUCAGAUUCAGUCGAGCAACUUCUACUAUACUAAGGUCAUUUUCAGAAAGACUAUGAUUUAGUUAAACUUCAGAUUUUAAGCAAUCCUUCAGUUCAGCUGAUUUCAUAAAACAUGAAUACAGAGCUUAGUUGAUAUUUAACUAAUAAAACAUGAAUACAGAGCUUAGUCGAUAAUUAACUAAUAAACCGUGAAUACAGAGCUUAGUCGAUAUUUAACUAAUAAAACAUGAAUACAGAGCUUAGUCGAAAUUUAACUAAUUUCCUAACUUACCGGUGAAUACUUGAAAUGUUAAAAAAAAUUACAAGGAGUAUAUAGUCAAGGGGCACAUUUUCUCACCACCUGGUUAUACAUUUAUAUGUAGGUAAGCCAGUAAUACAACUUGUUUGUUGUAGACUACACAAACAUUUAAACAUUGAUGUUGUAUUUGAAUAAAAUCAUUAUGUGAAAAAUGUUAUCAGACUGUUAUUUAAAAGAUCUGCGAUUAGUAGGAAGUCUAGAAGGGAUAAUCUGUAUGGUUCUUAUACAUUUCUAUCUACAUCCUUACCAUGUUUUAGUACAGAACUAGCUUUUGAAUUACCUUUGUGUAGAAGUCAGGAAUAACGGUCGCAUACAAAGUUCAAAUUAAUAUCAAAAUCCUCACAGUUUUUGUGUCAAAGAAAGUUUAUUCACACUUGAGCUACUUCUUGCAUCAUAGUUUGCUAUUUUACCAGUUCUGUGUUAUAUUGGCCAGUUCUGACAUUUUAAACUAAAAUAAAGAAGUUUUAGACAAAAAUAAUAGAAAUUUCUAAUAUAGCUGCAUUUUAAGUGAGUCUGAUGAUAGGAAAAGUUUGAUUUAUUUUAUUGAAGAUCUUUAUCUGAUAAGUAUGCUGUAAACAACCAGCAGUCAAGACCUGGUGUGAAAUCCUGCAUGCUCCAAUCAUUUGAAUUUGGAUGUUUUGAGAAUUGCAUAAAUUACUUAGUUAUUUAUUUUUUAUGUAUCAGACUUUUCAACUAAAAAUAAUUUGAUUUCUACAAAUUAUUGUGUAUGUUGUGUAAAUGUUUGUGAACUAUCAUUGGCAUAACGAUUUUGUUUCCAAAAAAAUAUUAAUUUGCCGUACAAAUUGUGUUCAGCUUAUGAUAUGUGUGAAGUAAUAAAUACUGUCAUAAUAUAAGGAUUAUAGUCUUCAUGUAAGUUUAUUUUUAAGGAUAGGUAAUUGUGUUGGAUAAUUAAAAAGAAAUAAGGAUGAGCAAGAGACCAGAUGGUGUAUGUUGAGUUCACUACACAAUCUCUUACUUCAGUCUGUCUAAAACUAGCCUUUUAUAUUCGAAUAUCUAUCCUGAAAAAUAAUAUAAUUCUACCUGUAACAACAUUUUGUGGAUCAAAGUUUUGAAUCUUGUACGUAAUACCUCUGAAAUUUAUGUCCAGAAGUGGGGAAAAAGUUGUAGUAAACAAAUGUUUUAUAUUAGGAAUCAGUUUCACUUUUACAAUUGUUGUUUCUGGUACGAGGCAGGGUAAUUGGCAAAGAUUACAUUAUCUUAACAACUCAUUAUUUAUAUGUUUAUUUGAAACCUAAGAGAGAUUGAGUAAUGCUACCUUUUUUUUCUACUGUACCUUAUAGUUGACAAAUUAUGAUGUUUAGUCAUAUAUGGUUUUGGUUUUUCUAAUAUAAUUAUAUAAGAGUUGACCAAAAGCAAAGAAUUACCUUAGUACAGGUUAGUUAUCAGGCAGAAUUAAAUUCCUAUUCAUUUUGAAUUUUAAAUAUUUUCUGAAGGAGUGGUUUGGUGAUAUUGUAGCUUAAAAAUUUCUUACUGUUAUAUAAGUUUAUGGGUGUAAAAACCUUUAAAAAAUGCAGAUGGUUAAUGGUGAUAUUGAUAGCUAGAUGGCUUUUGAUGUUCAUAGUUUGAACUACAGUUAAUACCAAGUAUCAUAGUCCCAUUAUUAUCUUCAUUUAUGUUGUGUGAACUGUCAAGGCCCCAUUUUAGUUUUUAACUAGUAUUUGUUGUAUGUAACAUAAAAUUUAACAAAAAGAAAGGGAAAUAUUACUGUACAAUUUAUAUACAUAUAUAUAUUUUAAUGACAUAAAGCAUCAAUUUUUCAGAAUCUAUACAGACAUAGUGGUGCAUAGCAUAAGUUUAAAAAACCUUUGUGUGAAAAUAGAAUUGUUGGAUAAGACAGUGGAGCCAUUUUGGAGUUCAUACACCAACUAAUAACUACAUAAGAGCCAGAGGGUUAUAACUAGCAAAAAAAAAAAAAUUGGAAAUUUUGACUUUUUAUACAUUAAUGUCAGAAUUUCCCAUAAACAUAGCCCAUUAACUAAAUGUUUUAUUUUUCUCAAAAAAAAAAGUUAAGGCUUGACAGUUGCCCACCCCUCUCCUCUAAUUUGUGACACUGGUAUAAGAAUGAUUUCUUCUGGGUGUUUAAACAGUUAAAUUAUUUAUUUCACCAUUUGAAAAUCAAGCCAAGAAAGAUUAUCUUUUGAUUACACUCAAAAUACAAAACAUGAAAGUACUCUGAUUGGCCACAUUAUUAAAAAAAUCCUCACCUCAUUUUACGUUAGCUUACUCUUUAACUGUAUUAAUAUUAUUCUCUACCCUUCUUAUAUUCCACAAGAUCCACUUGUACUGUAAAUCUGAGGAUUCAUGGUUUAUGCCAGUUGCAGCCACAACCAACCCAAAGAGCAUAGUGUGGUUGACAUUACACAGUAUUCUUCAUAAGUUUUUUAGAAUCCCCCAAGUAGUUUUCUCCUGUAAAUACUGUGAUUGCUUGAUCUACUCUAGAAAGAAGAAGAUUUGCUGGCUGGUUUGCCAAUUUUUCUGAAUGUUGAUUAAGUCUAUUUAAGUAAAAAUGUUAAUAAUAAAUAA